AUGGACGCCUUGGAGAGGGGCCAUGGCGAUCGCGAGGAGACUGCAGAGACCCAACCGGUCGUGAGGCAGUCCUUCUACAGUGGUCCCUACUCAAUUUUCUCCAGAUCGCGGAGACCGCGUGAGGAUUCAGAGAAUGCGAAGCUGAACCGGCGUUUGAGCAUGAGUGCAGCUGCCAAAGAUGUUCUGAAUGUAUGCAUUAUGCAUCACUCUGAGUUUGACACCGUGAAUUUUGUGACGGCCUUCCAUCGUAUGGCCAAAGUACCCGAUGGAAAGGCAGCAACAGGAGAUCCAAUGUUCCUCGAGGUCGUGUCUCAGUUGAUAGACAGGUCGUAG